UUUUUUUUUAAAAAAGUAAAAAUUUAAUGUCUUGGACCAAUUAGAGAUUGUGGUUUCAAUUUAAUUCAUACUUAACAAUUAGGUAAGUUUUAAAAUUAUAAUUUAUUAUUACCGUUUUUUUAUAAGUGAGAGUUAAUUUGUUUUAAGAGAGAAAUAAACUCAACUCAGAUAGCCAAUAUCACGAUUGGUUUGGAUCUUCUUCUUCGUUAAAACACUCAACUCUGAUCUCCUUCCAUACCAACUACUCUCAGUCUCAUUCACUCACUCACAUGGUCUCGUAAUUUCUCACCUUUCUCUUGCAACAAUUCCACACGAUAUUCUCUUCUUCUUCACCCAUUACACAGUCAUCAAAAGUGAAACCUUUUCAUAAAGCUUGGACCUUGGCGCUUCAAAUUUUUCAGUGAAACUAAGUCUAUGCCGAUGAAGACAAUUCCAACACGAUUCAACUUCGAUUUCAGACGAACCCAUUUCACCAUUUUGGAUGUUAACUACUCGUAGUUGAAAAGGUUCGAAUCUUUUUCAUUGCUAUACGAACAACUCUCAACAUUGUGAAAAAGCUCGACUAUGAAAUCUGGGCUUGGUUUGUUCGUUAAGGUUAGUUCUAUUACGAACAAUUUUCCGUAUUUGGUCUCUUAUUCGCAGAGAUUAGUGUCUGAAAAACGUGUAUUUUGCUCGACCACCAACUGUUCGACGAAUUGUCAAGCUGAAACAGAGAAUGUUAAAAAUGAAGGUGAGGACCAUUCAAAGGGUUCUGGUGAGGUUUUGAGGAGUUGGGGUUGUAAUGAAGAUGAUGUAUCUAAGAUAUUUAUUAGAAGACCUUCUUUAAAGAAUGCUGAUCUUGUUCAACUUCAGUCAAAGCUUAGUCUUUUGAGUGGUUUGGGAAUUACUGCUUCUGAACUUGUUAAGAUCAUUAACUGUCGUCCUAGAUUUCUUAGUUGUCGUAUUAAUCGUUGUUUCGAUGAGCGUCUUCGGUAUCUUAUGUCGUUGUUUGAAUCGAAUGAAGUACUUAUCAAAGCCAUUGUUAGGAACCCUUCUUUGCUUACUUAUGAUUUUCAGAACAAAAUCAAACCAACUAUAGAAUUGUAUGAAGAAAUGGGAUUAAGCAAGAAGGAUUUGACUGCAAUGCUUCUACUCCGGCCGACCUUGAUCCCGAGAACUUCAUUUAACGAUGAGAAGAUGGAAUACAUACACAAAACUGGAAUUUCCCACAAGUCUAAGAUGUACAAGUACAUUGUCACACUCAUUGGUGUUUCUCGCCUCGAAACCAUUCGUAGUAAGAUUGCAAAUCUUGAGAAAUUCGGGUUUAGUGAAGAAGAGGUUUUUCGGCUUUUGGGAAGGUCACCUCUUUUGUUGACAUUAUCAGUUGAUAAAGUUCAAAGAAACAUGACUUUUAUAUUAGGAACAAUGAAGUUUCCGGCUUCAAGUGUCCUUGAUCACCCAAACUUGUUGUAUUGUAACCUCGAAGCUGUUUUGAAACCUCGGUUUCUUCUCGCAGAGAAGAUGAAAGACAUGGCUUUGGAAUUGCAUAUCAAAGGGUGUGACAUGUUGAGAGCAUUAAGGAUGACAGAGAAGAGAUUUCUCAAGGCAUUUGUGAAUUGUCAGCCUAAGGAAGUUGCCGAUGAAUUGAUCGAGUUUUACAUAAACGCGAAAGAGAUUAAGCGUUUGGCAGUGACCUCGAAGAAAAACUGCAACUUGGGAUUUCCUUUCUGAAUGUGUUUUUGUUUGGAUCAGAGAUGUAAACCAACCACGCCAACCGCGUUCUUGGGAUCACUAUCUCCCCAAGAGAGACUCCAAUAGCAAACCCACUAACAAGUCCUGCCAAAAUGAAUUUCCAGUCGAGUUCGAUUGCAGAUUCAG